AUGGUAUGGAAAGAAGAAAGCAACUAUCCAGAAAGCCCUGAUAUUGUUCUAAAAGAUGAACAUCAAACAUUUAAAUUUCAUAUAAUUAAAGAAGGUGUAUAUCCACCAAAUCAUAAACUUAAAUAUACUCGGCGCCCUGGAAAGUACCCUAUACCCCAUAAUUAUGUCGUUCAAACUACAUAUUCAAAAAAAAAAUAUGUUGUUGAGUGCUCAAUAGCUUAUAUUGAUGAUAAACCGUUAUACCAAAUAUACUUUGGAAAGUAUUUAGACAAGCUUGUAGAGUCGGAACAGUCAACUUCACAUGCUGCACAAUUAUAUUGUGAGGCUUUGGUUAAGUAUAUUCGAAACAAUAAACAAGUAGAAUCCAAGAGCAAGCUUUCUGGACCUCUUCUUUUUGGCCUAUGCUGUAAAAGUGUAGAAGCAGUUCGUAAAAAAGUGCCAUCAAAUAGUUCAAUACAAAUAAAAUCAUUUAAUAUUUAUAGUACCUUUGCACAACGCAAACAUAUAUUAGAUUUAGGAAAGCGGUUACUAGAAUUUGUAGAAGAAGAAAAAGAGAAUUUUUUUCAUCCAAAUGACAACAUCGUUCUUAAACAAGCAAGGUUUGAAAUUAAUAAUCAUACAUAUAAUAUCAAUUAUGGAAAAGUCGAUAAGCAAAAAAUAGAAACACAAACACAGGCCAUUGUAAAGUCAAUUGAUCAAAAUCGAAUUUCUCAGGAUGCAUAUAGGUCUUUAGCUAGACUUGACGAAUCGCUAAUUAGAGCUGGAGCAGUUUAUAAUAUGAGACAAGAGAUAACAAAUAGAGUCAAUAAAAAAAUUCCUAUUAGUUUAGUUGAUAUUGAUCAGCCAACCAGCUUCGAACCAAUCACUGAAGAGUCUGAUAUUACAGAUCCAAGUGUCUGA